GCACUCUCUGCUGCUAUGAGCUUCCUCAAAAGUUUCCCACCGCCUGGGCCGGCGGAGGGGCUCCUGCGGCAGCAGCCAGACACUGAGGCUGUGCUGAACGGGAAGGGCCUCGGCACUGGUACCCUUUACAUCGCUGAGAGCCGCCUGUCUUGGUUAGAUGGCUCUGGAUUAGGAUUCUCACUGGAAUACCCCACCAUUAGUUUACAUGCAUUAUCCAGGGACCGAAGUGACUGUCUAGGAGAGCAUUUGUAUGUUAUGGUGAAUGCCAAAUUUGAAGAAGAAUCAAAAGAACCUGUUGCUGAUGAAGAAGAGGAAGACAGUGAUGAUGAUGUUGAACCUAUUACUGAAUUUAGAUUUGUGCCUAGUGAUAAAUCAGCGUUGGAGGCAAUGUUCACUGCAAUGUGCGAAUGCCAGGCCUUGCAUCCAGAUCCUGAGGAUGAGGAUUCAGAUGACUACGAUGGAGAAGAAUAUGAUGUGGAAGCACAUGAACAAGGACAGGGGGACAUCCCUACAUUUUACACCUAUGAAGAAGGAUUAUCCCAUCUAACAGCAGAAGGCCAAGCCACACUGGAGAGAUCAGAAGGAAUGCUUUCUCAGUCUGUGAGCAGCCAGUAUAAUAUGGCUGGGGUCAGGACAGAAGAUUCAAUAAGAGAUUAUGAAGAUGGGAUGGAGGUGGAUACCACACCAACAGUUGCUGGACAGUUUGAGGAUGCAGAUGUUGAUCACUGAAAAUGAUUUAUGCAAGUUUAAGAUUCUGCUCCUAACUGUAGGAGAGAACUUGGUGCCUCUUCCACUCUGGAGUGAAGUUAAUGAAAGUCUUUUUCCUUUUCCAAAACCCAACCUGAACCAGUUCUUUCUUGAGACAGACUAUACUGAGACAAGUUGUCACCAGCAGAAGAUAGAUAAUAUGACCUUUAUUAACUUGAUGAAUUAACUUAACCAAGAGGGUAUUUGUAGUUUACUAUUUACCCUAAAACUUUCUGUGUCUGGGUACCCUCUGAGUAGGCCUAUAAUUCCUACCUUGACUGUGUGCAUCAUUUGUAAGCUAGCAGAUCUAUGUGGUGAAAAUGCACAGGAGCUUGGUAGACUGCGGGGUAAAGAGAGAGCUCCUUUCGCCAUGUUUUACCAGUCUGCUGUUAUAACCUCUUAGGUUGUAUCCUUUAAUUUCCAGCCUUUUAGGUUAGUUUCUGUAACAGAACAAGUGAGUCUGGCAUGAAGUCCUCAAAGUACUUCAAAUGGUAAUUGUUUUGUUUUUGUAAUAGCUUAACAAAUAAACCUAGGUUUUCUAUUAAAAAACAAAAACAAAAACAAAAACACAAAACCUAAAUGUAUGUGAAGAUAAAGGAAAUAUUCUUUAGAUCAACAAAAAACAUUGAUAACAAAAUGUAGUAUUAAUACCAAAAAAUUGAAAGGAAACCAAUACACUAUCUUAUGAACAUAUAUAACCAAAUAUAAAGAAUUGCUGUUAAAAUAUGUAAAUAGAAGUCAGUAAUUUAUCAAGUGACUUUAAUAAAUCACAAACCACCUUUUAAGCUACUGGGAAAAAAGGUUACUAACUUUAUUGAUAGAAAUAUAUUAUCGGGGAAGUGAGAACAAACCGUAUUUCUUUCCAGUUCGGAAACAAUUGGUAAAAUCAACAAACCGUUGUUUAGAUAUCUUCACAAGAACAAUGAAUAAUGAGAAAGCUAUACCCAAUAUUUCCUUAAAAGUCCCUUUGGCCCUUGUCAAUCUACAAGUCCCCCAUUCCCAGUGGUGCACAAUUUCAACCCAGAUGACAGUUCAUUUUCAGAAAGGGGGCUUGUAUUAUAGGAGGCUCACAUAACAUAGGAAUUGCCUGAAUACUCUGCACCUCUCUUCUAUGUAGCCUAGUCGAUAACCAUACACAACUCAAGGAAAGAAAAAAAAAUUUCCUUGAUCCCAGAGAACUUAAUUAUCCAACAAGGUGAAGUUUACACCUAUAAGCACUAAGAUGGGGACACACGCACAUAUACCCUCCUUUUCAUUAAUCUUUCAUGUAAAACAUAAUUUAGUCAAUUCUUGAGGACUCAGGUGGCAACAUUAAAAAUAACACUCACUGAUUCAACUGUAAGCAAAUCCUACCUGCCUCAUGGCAUGGGAAUAGAAACAUAAACAUGAUAGUUCCAUCCUCAAGGAUUCAACAUUUCACUGGGCAGAAAAACAAGUAAAUAACUAUGAUUUUUAAAAUGCGUGAGUGCACCUGUAGUUCAAGCUACAUGGGAAGCUGAGGUGGAGAACUGCUUUGGCCCAGGAAUUCGAGGCCAGCCUGGGCAAUAUAAUGAGAUCCCGUCCCUAAUUUAAAAAGAUGUUCUGGGCCAGGUGCGGUGGCUCACGCCUGUAAUCCUGGCACUUUGGGAGGCUGAGGUGGGCGGAUCACUUGAGGUCAGGAGUUCCAGACCAGCCUGGCCAACAUGGUGAAACUCCCUCUCUACUAAAAAUACAAAAAUUAGCCGGGCAUGGUAGUGCGUGUCUGUAAUCCCAGCUACUUGGGAGGCUGAGGCAGGAGAAUUGCUUGAACCCAGGAGGUGGAAGCUGCAGUGAGGUGAGAUCAUGACACUAUACUCCAACAUGGGCAACAGAGCAAGACUCC